AUGCCCUCCUCGUUGCAGAUCCGCGGCGGGCCAUAUGCGUCCACAACCGCGGGGAUGGGAGGUCUUCCCACCAUCAUACCAGAUGUCCCAAUAUGUGCAGUCUUCCUAGUCUUGUAUAUCGCCUUCGCCGCUACCAACAUGACCAUCUUCCAGAAAAACCGCCGGCGGGGUCACAAGUUCGUGAAGUCUGCGAUGCUAUUUGGGUUCUGCAUGGCAAGAAUCACCACCCUUGUCCUGCGCAUAGCCUGGGCCAAUCGACAACAAAAUGUCCGACUCGCCAUUGCCGCCAAUAUCCUUGUCAAUGCGGGAGUUCUCGUGGCAUAUAUCAUCAACUUCAUCCUCGCCCAGCGUAUUCUCCGCAGCAAGCAGCCUCACAUCGGUUGGCACCCUAUCCUGCGCCAAGGCUCCAAGCUGUUGUAUGCCUUCAUUCUCGGGGCAUUGGCGAUGGUAAUCACAUCUACAGUGGUAUCCUUAUACACGCUCAAUAUGCAUACUCGGUCUCAAUGUCGCGACGUCCAACUAGCAGCCAUCACCUAUCUCCUCAUCUUUACUUGUCUUCCUCUUGUACAGGUUUUCAUCGCAUUUAUCCUACCCAGGUCACCACAGGAGGAAACUUUCGGGCAGGGGGGUACAAUCAGCAAAGCCACAAUUGUCAUUUGUUCGUCGUGCCUAUGUAUUCUCAUUGCCGGGUUCAAAGCUGGUGCUAACUGGUCGCCUCCGCGGCCUGUAACCAACCCACCCUGGUAUGACUCCAAGGCAUGCUUCUACGUGUUCAACUUCGUGUUGGAGAUCAUGAUUCUCAGCCUUUUGACUUUUAGCCGCUUUGACAGGCGGUUCCAUAUUCCCAACGGAGCUACGCAACCUGGGGACUAUACCUGCCUGGCAUUACAGCCCGAUAAAGAGAGCGACCAAUCUCAGUUGAGUGAACAGAAGGGGUCUGUGUCAGCACAGAACUAA